AUGUCAAAUCAAAACCAGCUCAUUCCGCAAGCCUAUAUCUCCAAUUUUCACAACAGAUUGACAAAUGAGGAUGAUGGCAUCCCCAUUUUUACAAUGGCUCAACAAACAAGGCAGCAUAAAAGAGCUAAGGUGGUCAACUAUGCUGAAUAUGACAACGAUCUCUUUGAUGAAUUCAACAUGAACGGAAACAACUUUGCCAGCACGGACACACACUAUAAAGAUAAUGCGGUGUCUCAUGAAAAUACCCCGGCACUUACAAAUGGCGUGACCAUGGAUGGUUCGGAAUACAAUACCCUGGAAAAUAUGAACAACGGUGAAAAUAUUCUUUCGAACAAUAAGUAUGAUAUCGGUUCAAACAUGAUUGUGGAGUCUUUAUCCGGUUUGAAUAAUAGCAAUAAUGCCGGUAAUGGCCCUAAUAAUGUCAAAACGCAAACACAGGAUAUUGGAAACGCCGUUUUGCCAGAUCUCCAAGACCAAGACCAUAAUCCGUUUAAUAUUUUGAGGUACCAUAAAAUAAGAGACACUUUCAUCAACGGGAAAGUGAUAUCUCCGUACAGAUUGAACACCAAUGAGAAAACGAAGGCAAAUGCAAACUCUGGAGAAGCGAUCAUGAUACCAAUUACUUUGGAUAUAGAACAUAUGGGCCAUACCAUAAAGGAUCAGUUUCUUUGGAACUAUAAUGACGAUUCCAUAACCCCGGAAGAGUUUGCCUCCAUAUAUUGCAAAGACCUUGAUAUGAGCUCCGCCACUUUGCAAACUCAAAUUGCUAAUGUAAUAAAAGAGCAACUUAAAGACUUGGAAAAUAUCGCAGCCACUGAGAUAAUGUCUGAUCUACACGUCAUUAUCAAUCUAACCUGCAACUUGAAAGACAGAUUUUUCGAAGAUAAUUUCCAAUGGAACUUAAACGAUAAAUCACUUACCCCGGAAAAGUUUGCCACGUCCAUAGUACAAGACCUUGGCCUUACAAGAGAGUUCAUCCCCUUAGUUUCCCAAUCACUUCAUGAGACUAUUUUAAAGAUAAAGAAGGAUUGGGUUGAUGGUCAUUUAAUCCAGGACCACGUGCCAAACGAUGCUGCAUUUGGAUAUCUAUCAGGCAUAAGAUUGGAUAUUGAUGAGUUAGGCUCCAACUGGUGUCCAAGAGUAGAAAUACUAACGAAAGAAGAAAUUCAAAAGAGAGAGAUCGAAAAGGAAAGAAACUUAAGAAGACUGAAAAGAGAAACCGAUAGACUAUCUAGGAGAGGCAGAAGGAGACUGGAUGACUUGGAAACCACAAUGAGAAUGUAG